GUCGGUAGAAAACGCUGCCUCUUUAAUUACCCGGUGACUGUGUCCCUUUUCGAAACUGCGGCUCGGCUUGAGCUUAGACCCCGUUAGUUAGUAGUUAUUUCAUAGAGGAGGAACCUCUAUAAUUUAUGGCUACUUUAGAAGUCGUGUGCUUUCCUUAUCCCGAAAAUUCCCGAGCCGUUUUUUCGAAAAGACCUCCGGAUGCGCGAUUUUACCUGUUCGAUAUAAAUAAGACCACGUGACAACUUGACCUCAUUCCACAAAAGGUCAUGGAGGUCAUAGAUUGCGGAAGUGAACACUACGACUCAAUUGCACUUAAAUGCAUUACUUGGGCCCAAAAUCAGCGUGAAUAUUUCAGCCUAUUUUGACGUUUUCUGACUUCCUGUAAAUGUGUCACCGAUAGCAGAGGCUACAAUGGCGGAGGCUGUAGUGACAUUUGACUAUGAAGCGACUCAAGAUGACGAGUUGACUCUUAAAGAAGGUCAAAUCAUCACCAAUAUUAACAUGAUGGAGGAAGGAUGGUGGGAAGGAGAGCUUAACGGCCAGCGAGGACUCUUCCCUGAUAACUUUGUUGAGCUCAAGAAGGCAGUUCCUGAGAAGGCAGUUCCUGAGAAGGCAGCUGCUGUUCGAGCCAAGGCUCCAACUCCACCUCCUCCUGAAGCGGUUAAUGGAGAAUCACAAGAGGUCUUAAGAAGAGAGGGUUCAGAGAAGCGAAAGGCGAUUCGAGCAAAGGUUGUCUUUAGCUAUGUCCCCCAGAAGGAUGAUGAGAUUGGCUUACAGGUCGAUGAGGUCAUCAGUGUAACCAGCCAACCAGAAGACGGAUGGUGGGAAGGCGUUCUACGAGGAAAGAAAGGAAUGUUUCCUUCUAACUUUGUGUCGUUAAUCGACGGGAAUGAAGCGGUUGGCCCGGAGGAUGCUGGGGAUGGGGCCGAAGUUAAAAGCACAGAGAGACCAGUUCUUUCAGAUGAGACCCCAGCCGAAGUUCCAAAGGCCAAACCCCCAAAAGUCAAAGGAGUCGGAUUUGGUAACAUCUUUGCUGGUGGAGAAGUCAAAUUAAGGAAAACAGGUGGAAAUUCAACAGCAGAUCACUCCAAGACCCCACCAGCAGCAAGGUCGAGUGAAUUGGCACAGAAAAGGCUUUCCCUGAAGAGAGCAGUUCCGAUUCCUUCUGCCAAGUCUUCUGAGACUCCAGUAGAAACCAAGAAGGCUGAGCCGAGGAAAGAUAUUAAACCAGAGUACAAGAAGGAAGAGAGGAAAGACAAGAAAGAAGAAGAGCAGGACUUUGAAGAAAUAAUAAAAGAGAGAGCUAAGGUGACCUUCUCGUACGAGGCUCAGCACUCGGACGAGCUUGAGCUGAAAGAGGGCGACAUUGUGACGAUUAUUGACAGAGACGCAGCAGAUAGUGGAUGGUGGCUUGGGGAGGUGGACGGAAGGAAAGGGGUCUUCCCCGAUAACUUUGUAACGAUGUUACCCCCUGAGAAGGAGAAAGUGAAGAAGAAGGCUCCAAUGCCAGCCAGACCAACCUCAGUCGUUCCGAGACCACCCCAAUCAGAGACCAAGAUAGCUUCUUCCAAAUCUUCAGUGGACAGCGCUGCCCCGCCCAAGCCAUCUCAACCUCCACCAUCUUCCAGUCCGGAGACGUCCUCCACGCAAUCUAAGGAGGACGCACCAAGGCGACCAUCGCAUCCCACUACUCAGCCUCGAGAUGAGACGAAUCGCAAGCCGCAUCCACAAGCUGCACCUAAGCCGCCUAAAAAGGCGUUACCAAUUCCUUCAAAGAAACCCGCAGUGAAGAGUAAACCGCCGCCUCCAAAGCCUUCCGGUCCGCCUCCGACAGCAGAAAGAGAAGAACCUCAUCCAGCUGUUGUCUUAAGAAGGAGACCUCCAGUCAAUGAAACCCAAGAAGGAGAAGUGGGACUCGACGACAUAAAAGCAGACUCUCCACAGAAGCUAACACAUAUCACGCUAUCACGGCCAAAGAACACCAACCGAAGACCGCCCUCAGUGUUCGGUGGGCAAGGCGGGAACCUCAGCGAUUCGCCGCCCGUCGAAAAUGGCACCGCAGCGCCUCCACCCCGGCCGAAGUCUUCUCCGAUCGGUCCCUUGACAGGAAUCGUCACAGCCCAGUCACCUUCAGUGACUGUCACAAACUCCAAGGGACAGACGGAUUCCUCCAGCGCCAUGAAAAAACGACCAACCAGUUUGAUAUCUGAUAACAACAAUGCGUCCAAUGCACAGGUGGAGGAGCUCAAGAAAGAUAUUAAGACCCUUCAGGAUCAGAUGGUUAGCGUCAAGUCCGACAUGAAGAAGGAGGUCGUUAAGCUGAUGACUGAGCUCGAUGAAGAGAAGAAGCUCAGAAUGGCAAUGCAGGUAGAAUUGGAUCGCAUUAAGAAACUGGUCCUAGAGAAAGACUGAUGUAGGAAUGGGGGGGUUAAGUCAUGGGGUCAACUGGAGGUCAUGGGGUCAAUGAUAGGUCAAGGGGUUCGAUCUUAGGCCAUAGGGUUAAUCUUGGGUCAUGGGGUCAAUCUUAGGUCAUGGUUCAAGCUUAGGUAAUAUAGAGCUGGAUGGCAUUAAAAAACUUGUCCCAGAAAAGGACAUGUAGGAAUGGGGGGCCCAUUAGUUAUAUGUAAUGGGGUCAAUCUUAGGUCAUUGGCUGACGUUUUCUUGGCUUUGGUGCCCCUUAAAAAGUUUCAUGUAUACCUCGGGAUUUUCCAAUGGAAGUGCCCUUUGCAAACCAACAAAUAGCAUUGCCUUUUGAUAGAUGAAAUUCCACGCCUGGUUUGGUCAAUCUAAGGUUACUGGUCAAUGUUUGGACUUUGGGUAGAUUUGGUUGAAUGGUCCUUUGGCAUGGCAUAACGGUCAGUUUGUUUGACCAAAAGAAUAUUUCAACAUUUCUAAAAUUACUUGAACACAAACGGAGAAAAAAAAUGACAUGUAUUUGGAUUAUAACAAGAUCAGCCAUUUUCAUAAUGCCCCAGAAAAAACAUUCCAUAGAUAUUAUUCCAGCAACUGCAGUAGAACUGGUGGCAGAUAAUAAAUCCCUUUUCCUAUAAUGAAUCAUUCCAAUGACCUCUUGAGCUGUAUAAUCCACACACUGUCACCAUUAUAAAGACUGUUCCAUUAAAGACUUGGAGGGGUAGAACCCUAAAUGCCUUCCGAAAGACCCUUCAAACCAUUCCUUGUUUAUUCCAAAAGUAUUUUUUGAAUAUGUGCCUUAUAUGGUGGAGUUGUUAGAUCUGUAAAUUGUUGUGUUGUGGGAAAUAGAAUUAACAGUUGCAAACUGCUUACCAGCCAAAAAGAACCUACAAUAUAAAAUACAAAACAAUAGUUAGCGGCCUGACAUUUGACCCUAGCAGAGCCAUUCUCGGAGGCUAAAGCAGAGUUUUUUUCUUGUAGCCUUUGAGAAAGACUCUGCUAGGCUCGAAAUGUCAGGCUGCUAUCAAUUUUUUUAGUUAUUGUAGGUUCGAAGCAACAGCAGAUCAUCGCACAAACUAUGGAAACUAGUUUCCUUUGAAAUAAGUACCGUAGUUGCGUCUUAGAAACACCAAAAUGUGAUUUAGUCUGAGUUUGCGUGUGCCAAAAAGCUUUCCCUAAAUUGUGGUAUUUGUUAGCGUCUUUAAUGGCCUAUAAGCUGUGACCUACUUCGAGUAGGAUAUUGCGUCAGUUAACUUUUAUAAAUAUAUAUAGUUGCAUUUCGAGCAUUCCAAUGUUUUUGAUAAUUCCAUAUUCUAUAAUAUUCAUUCCUAAUGAGUCAAUUGUCAAGGCCAAAUUUAAGUAAGUACAGGAAAACCUUGCUUAACAAAAACUGGUUACCAUCUUAAACUCCAUAAAGUUUACAUUUUUGCAACUUUCAUUAUUUGAUAAGCAAACGAACUUGCUAAGCAGUAUAUGGGUAAAACCAAAAUGAAUAUUCUUUAUCCCUGAUGCAAAUUUAACAUCUAAUAAACAGUAUUUUCUGCUAAACAGAUUUAUAAAAUUGGGCUAAGGUUAAACUGACCAGCCCAGAGACAGAUCUUUGCACUGUCAAAACUUUUCUCAUGAUCCCGGUUGUCUCAUUUAUUAUGAACUCAAUUUUUUGCACA